UCCAGCAGCCCAACCACGACCCGGAGGGUUUGGGUGAUGGCGCCCGUCGGAGCGGUUCUCGCCUGGUUGCUGUUGACCACCAGGACCGUCGCCUCGGCGCUGCAUCUGGAGCCCGAGGAGGAGGAGCUCAAUGAAACGGUCAUUUGCACCAACGACCAGAUGGAGGUUAUUAUUCCCGGCGCUUUUUUCCUCAACAAAGAGCCUCCGGUUUAUGUCUGGGAUCUGCACCUGAACGACCCGGAGUGCCGCGGCGUCGAGGUCGGGGACGACUACGUCUUCAGCAUCAAGACCAACCUCUCGGACUGUGGGACCUCAAUAGUCUCAGACGACACGCACAUCAUGUUCAUAAACACCAUCCACAACAACUACUCCGACGUCAUCACCAGGAACUACAUCAACAUCACGUUCGUCUGUCGCUACCCCCUCAGCUACAUGGUCCGGCAGCCCGGCGGAGAGAACAUGAUCCGAGUGGACGUCAGAACCAUCACCCUGAACACGGAGGACGGGAACUUCUCGGUGUCCAUGGUGCUCUUUAAAGACCAAGCCUUCCAGGACAGAUGGACGACGGUGCCCUCGCUGACCCUGGACGACGACAUCUUUGUCAAGGUUUUCAUGAUCCCGGCCCACCUGACGCUGCGCGUGGAGAGAUGCUGGGCCACGCCGACCAGCGACCCGUACCACAACAUCCAGUACACCUUCAUCAGAGACAGCUGUCCGGGUCUGACGAACAGACAGACGCUCAGCGUGCUGAGGAACGGGGACGGCCCCGAGUCCACGUUCAGGAUUCAGAUGUUUAAGUUUGUCGGCCGCUCGUACUCCAACGUCUUCCUGCACUGCAACGUGCAGAUCUGCCACGGCGGGCCGAGCCAGUGCCAGCCGAACUGCUCUGCUGAGGACGUGUUGGUGAGAACGCGGCGAGACGUCCCGCUGUCCCACACGGUGUCCUACGGACCAAUCAGGCGAAUACCGACUGAGGGUGAACAGCCCGGUCUGAACGUCCCCCCGCCGGCGGAGACGCUGGUCCUGGGGGGGCUGCUCAUCGUCAUGCUGCUGCUCACGGCGGCGUUGGGGAGGCUGUGGCUCCGCUCCAGGCGUUUCUACCCGGCCCGGGAGGCCCAGCUCACCCUGUCCAACAUCCAGCACAUCUCAGAGGUCGCCUCGUGAGGCCGGGACGAAG